AUGGCUGCGAUCUUAGCUCGCAAGUCUCUUUCUGCUCUUCGCGCUCGUCAGCUUGCUGUAGCAGGACAAACAUUGCAUGUUUCAAAUCAAUAUUCACUGAGAUCUAGUGCCCAUUUAUAUUCCACCAAAAAAGAAGAUGAAGAAAAAGAGGAGCUUGCAAGGGAGAUUUCAAAGGACUGGAGUUCUGUAUUUGAGCGAAGCAUAAACACACUGUUUCUUACUGAAAUGGUUCGGGGUUUGUCAUUGACUCUCAAGUACUUCUUUGAGAAAAAAGUUACUAUCAAUUAUCCAUUCGAGAAAGGUCCUUUGAGCCCUCGUUUUCGUGGUGAGCAUGCACUCCGACGAUAUCCUACUGGGGAGGAACGUUGUAUUGCCUGCAAACUCUGUGAAGCUAUUUGUCCUGCACAAGCAAUCACAAUAGAGGCUGAGGAGCGAGAAGAUGGAAGCCGUAGGACUACUAGGUAUGACAUUGACAUGACAAAAUGCAUCUACUGUGGAUUUUGCCAAGAGGCAUGCCCUGUUGAUGCCAUUGUUGAAGGACCCAACUUCGAAUUUGCAACAGAGACUCACGAGGAGCUCUUGUACGACAAAGAAAAGCUACUUGAGAAUGGAGACCGUUGGGAAUCUGAGAUUGCAGAGAACCUCAGAUCUGAGAGCCUUUAUCGUUAA